ACACAAACUCAUGUCUUCGUCACUCUACAGUUAGACAGCUCGGUGAUGUCUUCUCUCAACAAUGAUUACAACAAUGGUAACAACAGUGGAGUGUACCCUCUCUCUCUUUAUCUUUCUUCACUCUCAGGCCAUCAAGACAUCAUCCGUAAUCCCUACAAUCAUCAGCUGACCGCAUCUCCGGGCCAAAUGGUAUCAGCAGUACCUGAGUCUCUGAUAGAUUACAUGGCUUUUAACUCAAACAAUGCCGUGAAUCAGCAAGGUUUCGAGAUUCCUGAGGUGCCAAGGGAAACCAAGAAGGCGGUGAAGAAGGACCGGCAUAGCAAGAUUCACACGGCACAAGGGCUUAGAGACAGGAGGGUAAGGCUUUCUAUAGGGGUUGCUCGCCAAUUCUUCGAUCUCCAGGAUAUGUUGGGGUUUGAUAAAGCCAGUAAAACAUUAGACUGGUUACUUAAGAAAUCAAGAAAAGCUAUCAACGAGCUUGUCCAAGAAAAAACGCUCAACAACGAUGAUGAAGAUUUUGGAAACAAUGGAGGUUAUGUAGAAGAGGAAGAGGAUGAUGAUGAUGAUGAUGAUGAUGGCAAUAAGAGCUUCGUGUAUGGUUCUAGCCCCGAGAACUGUGAAGAAGAAGUGGUACGUGAGGUCAAGAAGGCAGAGAAGAGAAAAAAGAAAAGUGAGAUGAGCAACAUAUGUUCGAAGGGACCAAGAGCCAGAGCUAGAGGAAAAACAAAGGAGGUAACAAGGGAGACCUCCGAGAUCACACAAUCUGAAAUCAUGGACCCGUUCAAGAGGUCUAUUAUCUUUAAUGAAGGAGAAGACAUGACGCAUUCUUUGUACAAGGAAGCAAUGGAAGAGUUUGAUAAUCAAGAAUCUAUCUUCACCAAGACAAAGAUCAAUCUUCCGACAAAUAUGGAUCAAAGCUACAAUCACCAUUUUGGGGGGUUUAUGUUGAAAGAUCAGAGUUCUUGCAGCAACUAUAAUACCAUUCUGCCUCAAAAUUUGGAUUUUAAUUAUGAUCAAAACCCUUUUAUUGAUCAACGCUUUUGUGCAGUCGCCGACACAAAUUUCCCCAGAGGGUUCCCAUAAACCUUGAUAUAUUCGGAGGACUAAGCAUCAGAUUUACACAUGUAAGCCAAAAUAAUCGUUGAUUCCUCCUGAAUGUAUGUAUACUAAAUGUUAUUUGUGUUUUCUUAACAUGUACUUAUUUAAUCAUAUGUAUCAUUUAUCAAGAUUCAGUUUGUCUACCUUGAAAUGUCUUAGAUACAAUUUCCAAGUGGCGUUGUAA